UAUGUUAAUCACCUUCAUCACCAUAUACUUUCAUAUUACAAAUCAAUUAGAUGGAGAUCGACUUAUCAAAGGUAACACUUCGCCCAUUCAAGCUAGAAGAUGCAGAUGAUUUUCUUUCAUUUGCAGAUGAUGAUCAAGUCACAAGAAACCCUAGUAGAUGGGAGACAUUAACUUCCAAAGAAGAAGCUUUGACACACAUCAAGGAUGCUUGUAUACCCCACCCAUGGCGUAGAUCAAUAUGCAUGGAUGACCGUUCGAUCGGGUUCGUUUCGAUCUUCCCCUUCUCGGGUGAUGACAAGUGUAGGGCCAGUUUUGGAUAUGGUGUUGCAGUGAAGUAUUGGGGACAUGGGAUUGCUACAAAAGCAGUGAAAAUGGCAGUGUCUCAAUUUUUUGUUGAAUUCCCAGGUGUGGUAAGGCUUGAAGCUUUGGUUGAUGUGGAUAAUAAGGCCUCCCAAAGGGUUGUUGAAAAAGCUGGGUUCCAAAAGGAAGGGUUGUUGAGGAAAUAUGCCCAUGUCAAGGGCAAAUUGAGAGAUUUGUUUCUAUAUAGUUUUUUGUCCUCAGAUUUUCAUGCUGCUGAAGGGUCAUAAUCGAGCCAUCAGUUUUUGGUACAAAAGUGCUUGACUAGGUGAAAAGAGUGUUGUAGUAUAGUUGUUGUAAUGUCUAAAGACGUAAGAAUUGUUUCUUGAUUGGAUCUACUUUGUUCCUUUCUUGAUGGGAUGAAUAUAUUUGAAUUUAUAAUUAGCUUCUC